CCUCACUCCCAAAACCCCAAACUCCUCUGGGCUCUUGUCCUCCCUCCCUCUCCAGCCGCCGCCGCCGCCGCCGCCGCCGCCCAGAGCCGAGCAUGCCGGGUGCCUUCCACUCCCUCCUCCUUCCCCUCAAACGGAAGCGCAAAUCCAAACGCCGCAGCAGACGCGGUCACCGAAAGGAGAACAACCCCAACAUAUCCAAGAACCACCUCGCCGCCGCUGGAGACCCGUCCUUCCACCUGAAAAGCUGCACCUCUGUCUCCCCCAGAGACAUCGGACUCCUUGUCCAGCCGCUCGGCAACCUCUUCCUCUCCGCCACCCCGCGAGCUAACCUCCGGGACGCGGGGCUCGGCGCGCUCCGGCCUCUUCCAGACGACCUGCUCCUCGACGUCCUUGGCUUGCUCCCCGCGCGCGACCUCGCGGCGCUCUCGGUGGCGUCCAAGGCGCUCUACGUCGUCGCCUCCCACGACCCGCUCUGGCGGACCCUCGUCCUCGACGAGCUCGGCGGCGCCUUCGACUUCGCCGGAUCCUGGCGCGCCACCUACAUCGCCGCCGCCUCCGGCGGCCAGGCCUACCUCAUCCCUCCUCGCGCUCUGAGAAUCAAGGGCUUCUACUCCGACUACCUCUUCCAGAGCUGGCUCUGUGCCAACAUGGAGAUGCGGCACGAGUGGCUUGCGCGCGACAACAUCGAGCGCCGCCGCGGCUUGUCGGUGGAGCAGUUCAUUGCCGAGGUCGAGGAGCCCAACAGGCCGGUGUUGCUAGAGGGGUGCAUUGAUAUGUGGCCGGCGUUACAGAAAUGGAACAGAGACUACCUGCUGGAGAUCUCAGCGGGUAAGGAGUUCGCGGUCGGGCCAGUGAGCAUGCCAUUAGAUAGGUACUUCCGGUAUGCUGACAAUGUCCAGGAGGAGAGGCCAUUGUACUUGUUCGAUGCGAAGUUUGCUGAGAGAGUACCAGAGAUGGGGAGGGACUAUGAGGUUCCGGUGUACUUCAGGGAGGACCUGUUUAGUGUUCUUGGGAAGGAGAGGCCGGAUUACAGAUGGGUUAUCAUUGGACCAGCUGGGUCUGGUUCAUCGUUCCAUGUUGAUCCGAACUCGACAUCCGCAUGGAAUGCUAUAAUCAAGGGGGCUAAGAAGUGGGUGAUGUUCCCACCAGAGGUUGUGCCGCCUGGUGUCCACCCGAGUGCUGAUGGAGCAGAGGUCACCAGCCCUGUGUCUAUCAUGGAGUGGUUCAUGAACUUCUAUGGGGCUUGUGAGACCUGGGAAAAGAGGCCUAUCGAGUGUGUGUGCCGAUCUGGGGAGGUGGUUUUCGUGCCUAAUGGAUGGUGGCAUUUGGUGAUCAAUCUUGAGGAGUCAAUUGCCAUUACCCAGAAUUAUGUGAGCAGGAGGAAUUUGUUGAACGUUAUUGAUUUCCUCAAGAAGCCCAACGCAAGUGAGCUUGUCUCUGGGACUGAAGACAGAGUGAAUCUGCACAACAAGUUCCGUGGUGCCAUCGAGGCAGCUCACCCGGGCAUGAUCAAGCGGCUCGAGCUUGAGGCUCAGCAGAAGGCCGCUGCUCGGAAGAAGAAAGCGUCGUUCUGGGAUUCUGCUGUCGAUGCCAAGAAUGGAGGAUUCAAGUUCUCCUUCUGAGUUUCACAACAACCAGGUCUCUGAUUUUCAUGUUUGGUUGGAUCCAGUUUUCUUGGUAGUUAAGAAAUUUUGUAUGCCCAUUUUUCCUUGAGCAGUCUGCAGUACCUUCCCGGUGGACAAUGAUCAUGGGCCCUCUGAUUGGCACGGCGCUCACCGGGAAUCCAGCUAACUGAUUGUCUGAUUUAGUUUGUACAAUGAGCUGCUACAUUAAUGUCAUCAAAAUUUUUGAUAUAAUUCAGCGCAAGAACGAUUGCAUUGUCGUUGUACCGUGCAGCCUGUAUCCUUGUACAAUUUAGUGUGUUUUUGAAGAAUUUAGCUGAAAACAAAUAUACUGUUUGGCAUAACAUGUAACUUAGUAUCUAAGUACUAAGUGAUGUAAUAUUGCAAUUGAUAAUUGGUUUCACCAGGAAAAGAGAAGGAAAUGUUGCAUUUGCCUUCUAUCAGAAGCGCACUGAACCA